AUGGCCGCCAUAAGUAAGGUUUUCCGGCUUUCCACUUUUUCACUGGCCGCUGGUGGUAUUUUAAAAUUAUCCAAGGAUAUAACAGAAGGUUCAAAAAAGGGUUCAGUAAACUCAAACCUAGAGCUGGUCUUGGUUCAAAUUGCCUUCCGACAUGGUGCCAGAACGCCAAUUUUUCAGGCGCCUUGUAAAGAGUUAGAGCCGAUGACGUGGAAUGCAGAACUUUUGAUGGGAGCCCUUCCGCACACGAACAUUGAUUACGAGCUUAAACACUUGUCUGGAGGUCCUAAACCCUUCUCUAAAUACGACGAUCGCCAGAUGAAAAAACUGCUUAAGGGAGGAAGUCCAGUUGGUCAGCUUACUAAAGUAGGUCAGCAACAAAUGUAUGAACUGGGAAAAAAAUGUGGCAAGCUAUACAUAGAUGAUCUUAAAUUUGUACAAGAAACCUGUAAUCCUCAAGAAAUGUUUAUUCGUACAUCCAAUAUACAAAGGACUGUGGAUUCUGCAAGAUGUGUGUUAGCAGGAAUGUUUGGAAAAGAGGGUUUUAAAGGCCCUGUCACCAUGCACACAGAAGAUGAAGAAAGGGAGAUCUUGUACCCAAAUAUAAAUUACUGCAGAUUUUUAAAGAAUUGGGUUAAAUACACUGUUGCUCAGGGGAAAGAUGCUUUGGAAGGAUUCUAUACCAGGCAGAAACAGAUUGGAGAAGUUUUGAAUUUGAAUUAUGAGGAUUUAAAGCCUGCAGUGUCUGUCCACUUACGAGAUAUUGUUGUCACUAUGUUGGCUCACAACAUGGAAGUUCCUCAGAACAUUCUACAGAAUUUGACUUUAAUAGAAGAACAAGCAGUACAAGUCUUUCUUGUAACACAAUGUGGAAUGGAAAAUAUAAGGAAGGAGUACCUUUCAGUAGCUAUAGGAGUGUUUUUGGAAGAAAUGACAGACAAUUUUUUAAAAAAAAUUGGUGGGCAAAGUUCGUACAAGAUGAUGUUGUAUUCAGUUCACGAUACAUCUGUAGCAGCGCUUUUGUUAGCACUUGGUAUCUUUGACAACAAAUGGCCUGACUUCGCCGCUGAUCUGACUUUUGAGCUAUACAGAGAUAAGGAUAACUCUUACUUUGUGCGAGUGUUAUAUCAAGGAGAGGAAAAAACUCUUCCUGGAUGUUCUAGUCCACUCUGUCCUGUGGAAAAAUUCAAAGAGCUGGUUUCUAAAUACUUCAUAGACAGUUGGGAGGAAAAGUGUCAAGAAGUGAAUGGAAACUAAUCAAUUUCCCGACCUGAAAUGAAUUGUCUGAUUGCGGGAGCAUCGUAAAACUCCAUGAACGAUCGCGGCGAAUGUUUAUCAAUGAUCGAAGAUGAGUCAUGUAUAUGCCGGGCUGCUGAAACAGUUACUCGUGAAACUAACUUAUCAAGAAAAAAGGAAACCAUUUCUGGGCGCAAAAAUUGCAGGGUGGACGAAGCCACCCAACGACGUAUUUAAUAGCGUGCGUGCGUAUCAUGAAAGGAUUAAGACACUGCAUUCAAAAGAAAGGAAAGUGUUUUUUUCAGCGCAUUUUGAAUCGUCUGGUUUCGAGUAAUUAAGGAAUGUGUGAUUGAGUAUUUUGAUAUGUCAAAGAGACCGUAGAAGAAUAAGACGAUAAAUGAUCGAGUGGAACUUAACAAUAAAAUUCGUUCUCAAAACGUUAA